CUUCCCUACGGUCUCUUCUCUUCUCUUCUCUUCUCUUCUCACAGAUCUCAUCUCACUCCAAAUCCAAAACACUCUCCAGCAACAGUAACCACCACUACUUCGAUACGUUUAUUUCAUAGCUGCAGUUUGAAUUUGAAAUAUAAGUAGCAAAAAGUGCUCCGAUAGCUUAACAGUAAGCUGGCGUUGUUAAACAAACGAAUUUGAAACUUGCGUCUCAGAAAAUUUGAUCUGAAUGUGAAUGGAGUUCACAGAAGCUUACAAGCAGACGGGUCCUUGUUGUUUCUCACCCAAUGCUCGUUACAUUGCCGUCGCCGUCGAUUAUCGCCUCGUUAUUCGGGACACUCUUUCCUUCAAGGUUGUGCAGCUGUUUUCAUGCUUGGACAAGAUAAGCUAUAUCGAAUGGGCCAUCGAUUCUGAGUACAUUCUUUGUGGUCUAUAUAAAAGACCAAUGAUACAGGCAUGGUCGUUGGCCCAACCUGAAUGGACAUGCAAGAUAGAUGAAGGUCCUGCUGGUAUUGGGUAUGCUAGAUGGAGCCCAGACAGCCGUCACAUACUUACCACAUCAGACUUCCAACUGCGUUUAACAGUUUGGUCACUAUUAAACACAGCAUGUGUACAUGUGCAAUGGCCAAAGCAUCCUUCCAAGGGCGUUUCUUUUACCAAAGAUGGGAAAUUUGCUGCAAUUUGCACAAGGCGUGAUUGCAAGGACUACAUUAAUCUUCUGUCUUGUCAUACAUGGGAGAUAAUGGGUGUAUUUGCUGUGGACACAUUGGACUUGUCUGAUACUGAAUGGUCGCCAGAUGACAGUGCAAUAGUGAUAUGGGAUUCGCCUCUCGAAUAUAAGGUUCUAAUAUACUCCCCAGAUGGGAGGUGCCUAUAUAAGUAUCAAGCAUAUGAAAGUGGAUUGGGCGUAAAAAGUGUUUCAUGGUCUCCUUGUGGCCAGUUUCUAGCAGUGGGUAGUUAUGACCAGAUGUUGCGGGUUUUGAAUCACCUGACUUGGAAGACUUUUGCUGAAUUUAUGCAUCUAUCUACUGUCCGUGCUCCUUGUUGUGCUGCUGUUUUUAAGGAAGUGGAUGAGCCACUGCUGCUUGAUAUGUCCGAGUUAUGUUUAAGUGAUGAUUUUGCACAAGGCAAUGAUGAUGCUUCUGAAGGACAUUUCAGAGUUAGGUACGAGGUUACAGAAGUGCCCAUUAGUUUGCCUUUCCAGAAGCCUCCUGCAGACAAACCUAACCCCAAACAAGGAAUUGGUCUAAUGUCAUGGAGCAGUGACAGCCAAUACAUCUGCACUAGGAAUGAUAGCAUGCCAAGUAUUCUGUGGAUCUGGGACAUACGCCAUCUUGAGCUUGCCACUAUCUUGGUGCAGAAAGAUCCAAUUCGAGCAGCAGUUUGGGACCCUACAUGCACGCGUCUCGUUGUUUGCACUGGAAGCUCACAUUUGUACAUGUGGACUCCUGCGGGUGCUUACUGUGUGAGUAUCCCACUACCGCAGUUUAGCAUAGUCGAUCUAAAAUGGAAUUCGGAUGGAAGCUGUCUUCUCCUGAAGGAUAAAGAGUCAUUUUGCUGCGCUGCUGUUGCUGUACUUCCAGAAUCCAGUGAAUAUAGCUCAGAUGAUUGAGGCAGCUUGCUUUCCCAAUAUUUAUUGAGAAAAGUAAAAUGUAGAACUAAGCAGUUCAACUUGCUCUCUUUGUGUAUUAUAUGUAUGUAGUUGGGAUGUUCCAUUUGUUGUAGUUGGAACAUCUGACACUUUGGAAAUUGACCGGCUUUGACUUGCUAAGCCUGCAUGACCAAUUUGCAGUUAGUGCCUUAGUGGAUUUGUAGCACCACCAAAAAGAAAAUAUGAAAGUGGACUGUAUAAAGUGACAAUUAUUGCUUUUGAGAUGAUAAUUUUAUUCUUAGGCUAAAUUAUGUUUUUGGUCCU